ACGAAGCCAAAGUACACCAAAACAUAGUACACUUUGGUGCUACAAACACCUUGCUCCAAGCUCAUCAAUGGCUCUCCAAGUUCAGGCCGCGCUCCUGCCCUCCACUCUGUCUGUCCCCAAGAAGGGCAACUUGGGAGCGGCGGUGAAGGAGCCGGCGGCGUUCCUUAGCGUGAGCCAGAAGGCGAAGAAGCCGUCGCUCGUGGUGAGGGCGCAGGUGGCGACGGCGCCGCCGGUGGCGAGCCCUGGCGCGAGCACGUCGAGGACGGACGGGAAGAAGACGCUGCGGCAGGGGGUGGUGGUGAUCACCGGCGCGUCGUCCGGGCUCGGGCUAGCGGCGGCGAAGGCGCUGGCGGAGACGGGCAAGUGGCACGUGGUGAUGGCGUGCCGCGACUUCCUCAAGGCGGCGACGGCGGCCAAGUCGGCGGGGAUGGCGGCGGGGAGCUACACCAUCAUGCACCUCGACCUCGCCUCCCUCGACAGCGUCCGCCAGUUCGUGGACAACUUCCGGCGCUCCGACAUGCCGCUCGACGCGCUGGUCUGCAACGCCGCCAUCUACAGGCCGACAGCGCGGACGCCGACGUUCACCGCCGACGGGUACGAGAUGAGCGUCGGGGUGAACCACCUGGGCCACUUCCUGCUCGCCCGCCUCAUGCUCGACGACCUCAAGAAGUCCGACUACCCGUCGCGGCGGCUCAUCAUCCUGGGCUCCAUCACCGGCAACAGCAACACGCUGGCCGGCAACAUCCCGCCCAAGGCCGGGCUGGGCGACCUCCGCGGGCUCGCCGGAGGCCUCCGGGGGCAGAACGGGUCGGCGAUGGUCGACGGCGCCGAGAGCUUCGACGGCGCGAAGGCGUACAAGGACAGCAAGAUCUGCAACAUGCUGACGAUGCAGGAGUUCCACCGGCGGUUCCACGAGGAGACCGGCAUCACGUUCGCGUCGCUCUACCCGGGCUGCAUCGCCACCACCGGCCUGUUCCGGGAGCACAUCCCGCUGUUCCGGCUGCUGUUCCCGCCGUUCCAGCGGUUCGUCACCAAGGGCUUCGUCUCCGAGGCUGAGUCCGGCAAGCGGCUGGCGCAGGUGGUGAGCGACCCCAGCCUGACCAAGUCCGGCGUCUACUGGAGCUGGAACAAGGACUCGGCGUCGUUCGAGAACCAGCUCUCGCAGGAGGCCAGCGAUCCGCAGAAGGCCAAGAAGGUCUGGGAACUCAGCGAGAAGCUCGUCGGCCUCGCUUGAUUCACCAUUCCCAUUCUCUUCUUCAUUUGUUGAUUUCUUCGGGUGUUAGGACCUUCAGUCUUCAGAUUUGAGCGCGUGAGCGGCCUGUCAAGUGAUGUACAAUUAAUUGUUUUUUUUUUGGCAAACCAAUGAAUAAAAACCACAGGCUUAAUUA